UUAUUGUUCAUUAAACUUGUGUUUCCUUACAGAGUUCAUUACACCUCUUUGUCUGUUUACCUUCAGUAUCAUUUUCUCACUAUUAAAAUUAAAUAUCAAUUUGGCGGUGACGAUGUUGUAACCAGAACAAUUUGCUAAUGGCCAGCCUUGGCUAAGGCUAUGUUAUUUCCUUCAUAGUUACAUAUAUAAGCUAUAUUUUUGGAUGAAGAAACAUAUCCAGUGUCACAGCUAAGGAAACAACAUGAUUGGAAAGUUCGCUCUUCUCGUCUGCCUGUUUGGCCUCGCUAGCGCUGGAAACCUGUACGGCGGUGGGCUCGGUUACAGCUCCCUUGGCUAUGGAUCACUUGGCUACAGCAGCGGUUACGGCUACGGAAGCGGUUACGGCUACGGCGGCUACGGCUAUGGGCACGACCUCGGCUACUCCGCCCCCAUCGUAGCCAAGACAGUAGUCGCCCCUGUAGUCAAGACCAUUGCGCCCAUCUCCUACGCCCACGCCCCGGCCAUCUCGCACGUCUCGCAGUAUAGCUACCAUGGAUCUCCCAUUGUUAAGUCUUACGCCCCAUUGGGCUACUCAUCGUACGGACUUGGACAUGGAUAUGGCAUUGGACACUCUGCGUACGCCCCUCUUUCGUAUGGUGGAUACGGACAUGGUUACAGCCACGGCGGCUACGGCUACGGUGGUUACGGAUGGUAAAAUAU